GUUGACAGAUAUUUGAAUUUUAGUAGGAUGUGGUUGAUCAGUAAAUUUAGUAACGUAACGGUAACGGAAGAAAGUGCAGAUAGAAAGAACUGGCAUCAAAUUUAAUUUAUACAGGUGUAAUUUUCUUCGAAUUAAGCUUCUAUAACAAUUAUUAAUACAAUAAUUGAAAUAUUAUUUUAUAGCUUUUAAGUUUGAUAAAAUGGCUGACAAUACAUCUGUAAGAGUUGCUGUAAGGGUAAGACCAUUGGUUGAAAGUGAAAAAUCAAAAGGAUGUAGAGACGUUUUAGAUGUGAUAGAAGAAAACGAGCAGAUUGUUAUCAAAACUUUAGAUAAGGAUAAAGCGUAUACAUUUAAUUAUGUUCUAUCAACUUUCUCGACACAACAGGCGUUAUAUAAUAGAUGCGUUCAGCCCCUAUUGGGAAAUUUAUUUAAGGGAUAUAAUUUAACAAUUUUGGCAUAUGGACAAACUGGUUCAGGUAAAACACAUACGAUGGGCACGGCUUAUAUGGGCGAAGGCGACAUGGGUGUGAUACCGAGAGCUAUCACUGAAAUAUUCGAUUUUAUAAAAGAUAAUUUUUCAUUCGAUUUCAUCGUUACAGUUUCUUUUAUGGAACUGUAUCAGGAAAUUCUGUACGACUUGCUCAGCGAUAAACCAAGAGAACAAUGUACCCUAGAGAUCAGAGAAGACGUUACUAAAGGAAUCCACAUUCCAAAUUUAACUGAAAUUGAAGUAAAUUCAGUAAAAGCAAUAUUCGAUGCUUUGCAAAAAGGUACUUCUAGACGAGCGACGAGUUCGACGGCUAUGAACGCUCAUAGCUCGAGGAGUCAUGCAAUACUCACCGUAAAUAUUGCUAUGAAUAGUAAAGAAAACGGUAAUGAAAAUAAACAAGCCAAGUUGCAUUUAGUGGAUUUAGCAGGAAGCGAAAGGCCCAAAAAGACAGGAGCUGUAGGUAACACGUUCAAGGAAGGCGUCACCAUAAAUAAAGGACUAUUUGUGUUAGGAAACGUUAUAAGCGCUUUGGGGGAUGAAAAAGGACAACACGGUUUCAUCCCUUAUAGGGAUAGCAAUUUGACGCGAUUGCUUAAAGAUUCUUUGGGAGGUAAUAGUAUAACUUUAAUGAUCGCUUGUGUGAGUCCGGCGGAUUAUAAUUUGGAGGAGACGAUAUCGACAUUGAGAUACGCAGAUCGGGCUAAAAAAAUUAAAAAUAAACCAAUAGUUAAUCAAGAUCCGAAAGCGGCUGAAAUUAAUUCCCUUAAAAAGACGAUACAACAGUUGAGAUUGCAGAUUGUGGGUCAAGGAGGUCCGGUUAUUUGUCCUGCAGAAAUAGAAGCACUCAAACGAGAAAAUGUCGAAUUAAAAUGUAAAAAGAGAGAUCUGAGUAGUCAACUUACAGCUGCCCUUUUCGAUAACACCAAUUUACACGAAAAAAUAAUAAUUCUUCAAAAUGCCAAUGAACUGUUAAAUGGAAAGCUAUUAGAACUGAAGGAUCAAUACGAAGCAACGUUAAAUAAUUAUAGUACAGGACUGGAAACUAAUAAUAUGCAAUUAUUGAAAGAGAAUUUUGAAAAACUACAAUCGAUUAAAAAACAAUUUACAGAAAUUAGUAAUGAUCAAAUGAAAACUGAAGAUGAAAUUGCGACUCACGAUCACAACAAACAUAGUAUAAAAGAUUCAUCUGAAAAUGAGAAAGAAGAAUCCGAAGAUAUGGAAGAAAAACAAGAAUCGCAUACCAACAGGCAACUCGAUUUGAAAGGUCAAUUAUCCGAAAUUGAAAAGCAACUUAACCUCAAGGAGAGUCUCGCUAAACAGUACAUAAACAGUAAUCAGUACGUUGUAGAUUAUCAGGCCAUGGCUGAAAACGAAUCCAAAAUUAACCAACUUGAAAAAGAAAAAGAGGAAUUGUUACAAGUACUGAAAAAUAUUGGAAAUUCAGGAAAAAUAUCCGAACAACGAAGAAAAAGAGUACAAGAAUUGGAACAACAGAUCGUGGAGUUAAAGAAAAAAGUACAAGAACAAAAUCAUCUGAUAAAACAAAAAGCCAGAGCCGAAGAAAGGAUCAAGAGCUUAAAUCAAGAGAUAAUCCAGAUGAAACAGACCAAAGUGAAAUUGGUGAAAGCGAUGCGGGACGAAGCAGAAAAAUUCCGUCAAUGGAGGUUACAGAAAGAGAGGGAAUGCAUCAGAUUAAAACAGCAGGAUAUAAAGAAGGAACACGAAAUAGUCAGGAUGAAAGUUAUGCACACUAAACAACAGAAUGUUUUUAAAAGGAGAGUAGAAGAAGCCGAGGCGAUUAAUAAGAGGUUGAAAUUGGCUUUAUCUUUGAAACAGCAAUCUCAAGAGUCGAGGAAUAUUGGAAAAGCUGAAAAGAUUGAGCCGUGGCUCAAGCAAGAAUUUGAUUUAUGUGUUAAUUUCAUAGAAGCUGAAACUACAUUGAACGUACUUUUAGAAGACCGAGCAACGUUACAGCUUCAAUUGGAUCAACUUAAAAAUAACGGCGAUGUUGCAGAUUCGUCAGAAAUUAAAUCCAUUGAAGAAGAUCUGGAAUUGAGGAGCGCUCAAAUACAGGAUAUGCAACAAAAAUUGUUAGAUACGGAUCAAGAUGUUAAAGCGAAAGCGAGAAUAGAAAAAUUUCAAACUAUGGCCGAAGCUAAAUACGGUAUCAAAUUUUUGUUUGCCAAAACUGCUGAAGUUGUCAAAGAGAAAGUAUGUACUAAUAUGAAACUCACCGAAGUACAAGAAUUAUAUAAUGAGGCUGUGGAAAAAUUGAAGAUAUGCGAGAAAAAUCACGUCCAUCGAGAUGAUGGAAGUGGAGAUUGGGCCGUGAAAGAACACGAAUGGUUGAAACAAUUACAAAAACUGAAAGAAGAAAACAAACAGCUGUCAGAAAAACUUCAAUAUGUAGGAGAAAUAUCAACGACCGCCCCUCCGACGCCUGUUUUGAAAGAAAAAGAUCCUCUGGAAGGCACAUUUAUUAUCAACAGAAAAGACAUUGUGAAGCCUGUUGUGAUAGUAGAUCAAUUGGAAAGUUCAUUGGAAGAAGACAUAGAUAGUGUCGAAAAUGACCCCGAUUGGAGAAAAACCCCUCUCGGAAAGAGAGUUAUAGAAGAAAAACGAAAAUUAAAUCGAACAGCCAUCAAUUUCAAAGAUAAUCAACCGGUAAAAAGACAAUCGGACGGUUCUUGUACUUGCAAAACGAUAUGCAAGUCACGGUGCGGAUGCAGGAAAAUGGGCAAGAACUGUACCUCGACAUGCAAAUGUAAUGAAGAUGUAUGCGAAAACAGAGAAAAGGAUACUUUAUCUUCAUUUAAAGAAUCAGAUGACGAAUUCAAAAAACCAAGCGUUAAUGAAAAUGAAAUACUACCCAACAAAAGGCAGAAGAAGACUAAAAACCUGUUUUCUAUAGAUAUUUAAAAAGUGGACGCUGGCCGUUAAUUUUUAAUUUUAGUACUUUAUUUAUUUUUUCUUUUUUAUGUAUAUAUAUAGACUGACAUAUUUUGUAUAAUUUUUUUAAAGUUAAUGUACAAACAUUUCUCGUGAAAUUAUUAUUACUAAAGAUUUUUUAAUUUGUUGAAACUAUAUUGAAGAUUUUAUAUUGUUACGUACGUGUGCUAGAGCAGGUCCUGCCUAGAUGUGGUGGAAUUCUAAAAUUCGACGAAGCGCGCGCGACUUUUUAUAAACCGCGGAAUCCCUUUGACGUUCGCCGAAUUUUAGAAUUUCCUUACAUCUAGGCAGGCCCGGCUCUAGGGCGGAGAUACGUUCGUAACAGUAUAGUUUGAUUUAUGGGAGUCAAUAUUAAAAAUUUUGGUCCUAUUGACAUUGAAUGUGGUUCUUUUAAUUUAAGACAAAUAGAAAAUUGGUUACGGAUCUCGAUUAAAUUGGAUUUAUACUACUACACUAAGAAAAAUUGUAUUUUUGUCUUUAUUUAAUUUUAUUGCAUAGUGUAUUGUAUUGAAUAAAAUUCACUGUGAUAUAAUGUA